AAGAAUAGAAAUGAUCUAAUCUGAUCAUCUGGUCUAUUUUGUCCACAAUAACAUUGAAAGUGUAAGUUUUUCAGUGAAAACUGUAUUCUCUUUAAAUUGUUUAAUGUGUUAAUCAAAAAGCAUUAAUUUUACUUUGGAAAAUUGUUUACACAAAAUGAAUCACAUAAUUUACUCUAGAGGCAGCCUCAAAAUACUUGACCAACGUAAAUUACCGUUAAACGAGGUUUUUGUGACAAUUGAACGUGUUGAAGAUGGCUUCAAUGCAAUUAAAGAUAUGCUGGUCAGAGGCGCCCCUUGUAUUGCGAUGGUUGGUCUUCUUUCUCUUUCCGUUGAAUUAGCUUCACCAGAUAAGCUGUUGGAUCUAGGUAAAUUAACUGGAUUAACUAAAGAAGCAUUAUACCGUUACCUCGAGAAAUCGUGUCAAUUGCUCUGUGAAGCUAGACCAACGGCAAUAAAUGUUCGCAACGAGUGUACCAAAUUAUUGAGUCUGGUAUCUAAUGAUGUAUCCAAGGAAGAAAUCACUUUCGAUUUUCUGGUUGAUAAAAUAAUAACUUACAUAGAAUCACUCUUGGACCAAGAUAUUCAAGUUAACCGAUCAAUUGGAAAAUAUGGAGCUUCCCAUAUCAUAAAUAACUGUCUAACGAGUGGUUCGGAUGAGAAAGUUGCAGUUUUGACUCAUUGUAAUACUGGAAGCUUGGCUACAGCUGGGUAUGGUACAGCUCUCGGUGUUAUAAGGUCUCUUCAUGAAAUGGGAAGACUAGAGAUGGUUUAUUUUACAGAAACUCGGCCUUUCAAUCAAGGGUCACGAUUAACUGCAUAUGAACUAGUCAAAGACAAAAUACCUUGUAAAUUAAUCUGUGACAAUAUGGUUGCAGCCUUGAUGAAUUCCCAUAAAAUCCAUGCUGUUGUCGUUGGUACUGAUAGAGUAGUUAAAAAUGGAGACACUGCCAAUAAGAUAGGAACUUAUCAAAUUGCUGUAAUUGCUAAACACCAUUCAGUGCCUUUCUAUAUUGCCCUUCCUAUGUCAACAUAUGAUCCUGAGAAGCAAGAUGGAUCGGAGAUUCCAGUUGAAGAAAGAUCACAGGAGGAAGUCAAGAUGAUUAACGGAACGUAUAUUGCUCCUCCUGAAGUCUCAUGUUGGAAUCCCUCAUUCGAUGUAACACCAGUAAAUUUGAUAACUGGUGGCUUCAUCACCGAGAACGGAGUUUUCAGUGCUCCUGAAUUAGCUGAGAGGCAUUCAAAUUGACGUUCUAUCGUCUAUUCCGGUAAAAUUUGGUAAUAUUUUUUUACCUAAAUUAAGCAACUUCUGAUUACUAAGUCCAUAUACAGUCCAAUAAUAAAUAAGAAGUUGUUCUCACAUAAUAUUUUCGCUUAGACAAAUCGAUUUGUACAAGCUGCUCGUGACAAGCAAGUUGAAUUGUUAAUAUAAAACUAGCAAUAAAAUCGUGAAUAAUCAUAA